AUGGCUUACGCUCCGAUCCAUCCCACGCCGCUCAGCAUCAUCACCGAAGUCGAGUUCCUCGUGGCCGUGGAGAAGGAAGGUCACAGCUACAACGCCACGGCUUCGGAAAUCGACACGCAAAACACCUCGUCGCAAAGGCAGAAAUGGGCAUGUCCGUCCCAAGCAGACGACCCAUCCAUAGAGGUUCUUCACCAAUGCAAGGCUGUUCUCUCCAGGGACAACAACAGCGUCAUUAUCCGACACAACGAAGCGCACCUGACGGAGAGGUCCUGGCAGUCCGCCCGUUUCGAUUCCUGGAUCGUCCAGCCCUCCCACAGCUCAUUCGCUUCGUCCAGCAGCCCGAAACAAUACGACUGGAGCGGCGUCAAGCUCCGCAGCCCGCUUAUCCACGAACCUCGCCUCAAGGGCGGCGAUCCAUCAUCACUUCCCGUGGGUCGGUGCGUGGAAGCGCUCCGCAGCGCCGUCCUCAUCCACGUCAAUUCGACCUGCAGGUUCAGCAUCUCACUCCGGCCGCGCGGCGGCUUCACCCUCGUGCAGGCCAAGAAACUCGCAACUCUGGUCUGGCUCACAGAAAGGGACCUGCUCGUUCCGCUGCGACACCUGAGCGGCGACGCCGUCGUCGUCUGCCCUCGGCCGGUAACGACCACGUCCCUCACUGCGGUGUCUCGCCACGGCCAGACGGACGUCGGAAAGACUCUAGACCCCCUGCUGGAGGGCAUCAUGAAGUCCCACCUGCCGACAGGGCUGAAGGACGCCGUCGCUCAAGGCUGCCUGCAGAAACUGUGGGCAUGUCCCGACCUCGCCCAUCUCUCGCGCGCGCUUCGCGACCGGCACCACAGCGCGCUAGCAUUCGCGCUGUACGUACACGACGACGACGAGGCCGAGGACAGCAGCACCUCGCGCUGCGCCGUCGCGUCGUUCCGCUGCGCAUUGUGGCAUCCACGCCUGGGGCUCGACGUGUCGCCCCAGUGGACAGACCUGGUGCUCGCGUUCGGGAGGGCAAUGAGCCUCACGUCCGAGCCAUUCAGAAGCCUCGUGGCGGAGAUGGACGAGAUCAACCGCAUUGGUCGCACGGGUGGUGUUGAAACAGCGUGCCACAGAACACGGCUGAUGAAGGCGCUGGGCGUGGACGACGCGCGCUGCGCCGAGUGGGAGGGCAUCCUGACGGACUGCAGAAACGGUGCUUGA